AUGGCCAAUAAUCUUCUCUGCGCACAGAUCCUUUCAGUGAUCGCCUUCAUCCUAUCUCUCGCCGGCUGGUGGUUGGCAUGGGUAGCGGGAUUAAUCGCAACGAUCAUCUUGUGGAUUGCCUGUUGUUGUGGCCUGCCUCGCUUGGUUUGGGUUGCUGUUUCUGUUAUGGCUGUUAUUGCAGCCAUUGGCGAGAUUUUGGCAUUGGCUGGCGUUGUGGGGGGAGAUCGUAUCUACUGUGGAAAUGAUAGUUGUGGUGGCCCCGUUGGAACCAUUAUCAUCGCCGUUGUGGCUUUGGUGUCUUGGGUGGUUGUCGCUUCAGUGGCAUGGCGCCAAGGUGAAGGUUCUGGUAAAACUUCGCACGAUCUUCCCACAUAA